UUGAGGCAGCGCAUCCAGGGGCCCUUCGACAACUUCAAGCGCAUCUCCCAUCCUUGCAUGGACUCUGCCGAAGGAAAGCGAAUGACCCAGAAAUAUGAAGAUACGCUCUCACUGCUGGAAAAGUACGAGACAAGACUUUAUGAGGACUGGUGUCAGACAGUGUCAGAAAAGUCACAGUACAAUCUUUCCCGGCCACUCCUGAAACGGGACUCAGAGACGAAGCAGAUUGCCGUCAACUUUAACCCCCAGCUGCUUUCGGUGCUGAAGGAAAUGAGUUAUCUUGAGCCCAGGCAGAUGCAGCGCAUUCCUGAGACAGCAGCCGCCAUGUUCUCCUCCAGGGAAUUCUAUCGGCAGCUUGUGGCUAAGUUGGAGCUGAUGGCAAAUUGGUACAACAAGGUGGUGAAGACUCUUGCAGAGGUGGAAUUUCCAUUAGUGGAGGAAGAGCUGAGGGAUAUCGAUCUCUGCCUGAGAGCUGCAGAGGGGACUCUGAACUGGAAAACAGAAGGCAUUUGGGAUUAUGUCAUUCAAAUCACCAACAGCAUUCAUGAUCUCGAACAAAGAAUUCAGAAAGCUAAAGACAAUGUGGAAGAGAUUCAAAACAUCAUGAAAACAUGGGUGUCUCCAAUAUUUAAGAGAAAAGAUGGAAAAAAGGAAUGCAUUCUUUCCAUGGAUGAUCAGCAUGACCGGAUGGAAAAAUAUUACCAUCUCAUCAGAGAAUCUGGACUUAAGAUUCAUGCCCUUGUUCAGGAAAACCUAGGUCUGUUUGCAGCAGACCCAACCUCUAAUAUCUGGAAGACUUACGUUAACUAUGUUGAUGAGAUGUUGCUGGAUGGAUUUUUUCUUGCCAUCGAAUGCUCCCUCAAGUACCUCCUGGAGAACACUGAAUGUAAGGCAGGCCUCACCCCGAUAUUUGAAGCCCAGCUGAGCUUAGCCAUACCAGAAUUAGUUUUCUCUCCGCCCCUGGAGUAUGGAGUGAAGGGUGGCUUCUAUGACGCUGUUGAGGGUCUGGUCACCAGCAUUUUUGGAAUAUCGUCUCUGGUGCCACGGCUUUCCCCCCAGAACGGCUCUCCCCACUACCAGGUGGACGUGGAGAGCAUGGCCCCUUUGGCAAGCAUGAGGAGCACGCUCCUGGACAGGGUUCAGAGCAUGAUGGCCCUCUGCUGUGGCUAUCGGAAUGCCUUCAGCCAGUAUUCCUACCUCUACGUGGAAGACCGGAGGGAGAUCCUGAGCCAGUUUCUGUCCUACGGGCGUGUGCUCACCCCCGGGGAGAUGGAAGCCCACACAGAAGAUGGCAUUCCAGAGAAUCAUCCUCCCCUUCUCCAUCAGUUUAAAGCACAGAUCGACUUUUACGAGAGCCUCUACGGAGAAGUGUGUAGGCUGGAGCCCAUCAAGGUGUUCGACGGCUGGAUGAAAAUUGACCUCCGACCCCUGAAAGCGUCUCUGCUGAAUCUAAUUAAGAGGUGGAGCCUCACGUUCAAACAGCAUCUCGUUGACUAUGUCACCAACAGCUUGGCCGACCUUGAAGUGUUUAUAAAAAAUAGUGAGUGCGGCAUGCUCAAGAAAGUUGAAAAAGGAGACUUCGAAGGAUUGAUCGAGGUCAUGGGACACCUUUUGGCUCUGAAAGAACGACAGAGCAGCAUCGAUGAGAUGUUUGAGCCCUUACAGCAGACAAUUGAAUUGCUGAAGACCUAUGAACAGGAAUUGCCCGAAAUGGUGUUUAAGCAGCUGGAGGAGCUGCCUGAGAAGUGGAACAACGUGAAAAAGAUGGCUGUCACCGUGAGGCAGCAUGUAGCGCCGCUGCAGGUGAAUGAAGUGGCCCUCCUCCGCCAGAGGUGCUCAGCCUUUGACCUUGCACAACAGCAGUUCUGGGAGCAGUUCCGCAGGGAAGCCCCCUUCAGGUUUGAUAGCAUUGAUCCUUACCGAGUUCUGGAUGCCAGGCACAGGGAGAUACAGCAGAUGGAAUCUACCAUGGCCUCCAUUUCCGAGGCUGCUGGCUUGUUUGAAGUCAAUGUUCCUGAUUACAAGCAGCUGAAGCAAUGCAGAAAGGAGGUGUGCCAGCUGAAGGAGCUCUGGGACACCAUUGGGUUGGUGACCUCCAGCAUCUAUGCCUGGGAGACCACCCGGUGGAAGGAGGUUAACGUGGAGGCUCUGGACUGGGAGUGUAAACGGUUCGCCAGGCACAUCCGGAACCUCGACAAGGAGGUCAGGGCCUGGGAUGCAUUCACAGGCCUGGAGAACAUGGUAUUGAACACCUUGACUUCCCUGAGGGCGGUGGCCGAGCUGCAGAACCCAGCUGUCCGGGAGCGGCACUGGAGGCAGCUGAUGCAAGCCAUGGGUGCGAGCUUCACCAUGGAUGAGGACGCCACCCUGGCCCAUCUCCUGCAGCUCCAGCUGCACCAUUUUGAGGACGAGGUCCGGGGCAUUGUGGACAAAGCUGUGAAAGAGAUGGCCAUGGAGAAGACCUUGAAGGAGCUGCAGACCACCUGGGCCAGCAGGGAAUUCCAGUGCGAGCCCCACCCGCGGACCAACGUCCCCCAGCUGCAGUCAGAUGAGGACCUCAUCGAGGUUCUGGAGGACAACCAAGUCCAACUGCAGAACCUGAUGAUGUCCAAGUACAUUGCCUUCUUCCUGGAGGACGUGUCUGGCUGGCAGAAGAAGCUGUCCACGGCUGAUGCUGUCAUCUCUGCCUGGUUCCAUGUGCAGCGCACGUGGUCUCACCUGGAAAGUAUAUUCAUUGGCUCCGAGGAUAUCCGGGCUCAGCUGCCCCAGGAUUCUAAAAGAUUCGAAGGCAUUGACAUAGACUUUAAAGAGCUAGCUUAUGCCGCCCAGAAGACUCCCAAUGUAGUGGAAGCCACCAACAAACCAGGUCUUUACGAAAAACUGGAAGAUCUUCAGAGCAGGUUAUACCUGUGUGAGAAGGCCCUGGCCGAGUACCUGGAUACCAAAAGGCUUGCCUUCCCUCGGUUUUACUUUCUCUCUUCUUCUGACUUGUUAGACACCCUUUCCAACGGCACAGCGCCACAACAGGUCCAACGCCAUCUUUCCAAACUCUUUGACAAUAUGGCAAAGAUGCAGUUCCAACCGGACGCUGGUGAGCCACCAACCAAGAUAAGUCUUGGCAUGUACAGCAAGGAAGGAGAGUAUGUGGCCUUCAGCGAGCCCUGUGACUGCAGCGGUCGGGUAGAAAUAUGGUUGAACCGUGUGCUUGCUCAUAUGAGGGCCACAGUGAGGCACGGGCUGACAGAAGGUGUAGUUGCCUACGAAGAAAAGCCAAGGGAACAGUGGCUCUUUGACUGUCCAGCUCAGGUGGCCCUGACCUGCACUCAGAUCUGGUGGACCACAGAGGUGGGCAUUGCAUUUGCCAGGCUGGAGGAAGGCUACGAGAAUGCCAUGAAGGACUAUUACAAGAAGCAAGUGGCCCAGCUCAAAACCCUCAUCACCAUGCUAAUUGGCCAUCUCUCCAAAGGGGACCGGCAGAAGAUCAUGACCAUAUGCACCAUUGAUGUGCAUGCCCGGGAUGUGGUGGCCAAGAUGAUUGCUCAGAAGGUGGACAGUGCUCAGGCCUUCCUCUGGCUGUCCCAGCUGCGGCAUCGUUGGGAUGAUGAAGCCAAACACUGCUUUGCCAACAUCUGUGAUGCGCAGUUUCUCUAUUCCUACGAGUACCUGGGAAAUACGCCUCGCCUGGUGAUCACGCCUCUGACGGACAGAUGUUACAUCACCCUCACCCAGUCUCUGCACCUGACCAUGAGUGGAGCCCCAGCAGGACCUGCAGGCACUGGCAAGACAGAGACCACCAAGGACCUGGGCCGAGCACUGGGCAUCAUGGUGUACGUGUUCAACUGCUCAGAGCAGAUGGACUAUAAGUCUUGCGGCAACAUCUACAAAGGCCUUGCUCAGACCGGUGCCUGGGGCUGUUUUGAUGAGUUUAACCGAAUCUCAGUAGAGGUCUUGUCAGUGGUGGCCGUGCAGGUCAAAAGCAUUCAAGAUGCAAUCCGAGACAAGAAGCAGCGGUUCAACUUCCUUGGGGAGGAGAUUAGCCUGGAUCCUUCUGUGGGAAUCUUCAUCACCAUGAACCCGGGCUACGCCGGCCGCACGGAACUUCCAGAGAACCUCAAGUCUCUCUUCAGGCCUUGUGCAAUGGUGGUUCCAGACUUUGAGCUGAUCUGCGAGAUCAUGCUGGUGGCAGAAGGAUUCACUGAAGCACGGUCAUUAGCCAGAAAGUUCAUCACCCUUUACCAGUUGUGCAAAGAGCUGCUGUCUAAACAGGAUCACUAUGACUGGGGCCUGCGGGCCAUCAAGUCUGUGCUGGUGGUGGCUGGAUCCCUGAAGCGAGGGGACCCUGACCGCCCCGAGGACCAAGUCCUGAUGCGCUCCUUGCGAGAUUUCAACAUCCCCAAGAUCGUGACUGACGACAUACCAGUGUUCAUGGGCCUGAUUGGGGACCUCUUUCCUGCCCUGGACGUCCCCCGGAGGAGAGACCUCGACUUCGAAGCGUUGGUUCGGAAGGCAGUAGUGGAUCUGAAGCUCCAGGCUGAGGACAACUUUGUGCUCAAGGUGGUCCAGCUGGAGGAGCUCCUGGCCGUGCGACACUCCGUGUUCGUGGUGGGCAGCGCCGGCACUGGCAAGUCUCAGGUGCUGAAAUCCUUGCACAAGACCUAUCAGAUCAUGAAACGCCGCCCCAUCUGGGCUGACCUCAACCCCAAAGCAGUCACAAACGAUGAACUCUUUGGCAUCAUCAAUCCAGCCACCAGAGAAUGGAAAGAUGGUAAGAACAGGAUCAAUUCGUGGUUCCUUUUAGGACUGUUCUCUUCCAUCAUGCGGGAGCUAGCCAACAUCACCCAUGACGGACCCAAGUGGAUCUUACUGGAUGGCGACAUAGAUCCAAUGUGGAUUGAGUCUCUGAACACUGUCAUGGAUGAUAACAAGGUGCUGACCCUGACGAGCAAUGAGAGGAUCCCCCUGAACCCCACCAUGAGGCUGCUCUUCGAGGUCGGCCACCUGCGGACGGCCACACCAGCAACUGUCUCCAGAGCAGGAAUCCUGUACAUCAACCCGGCAGACCUGGGGUGGAACCCUCCGGUGAGCAGCUGGAUUGACAGGAGGGAAAUGCAGACAGAGAGAGCCAACCUCACCAUUCUGUUUGACAAGUACCUCCCAACAUGCUUGGACACACUCAGAACCAGAUUUAAGAAGAUAAUUCCAAUCCCAGAGCAGAGCAUGGUCCAGACGCUGUGCCACCUUCUUGAAUGUCUCCUGGCCGAGGAGGACAUCCCUGCGGACUGCCCCAAGGAAACCUACGAGCUGUAUUUUGUGUUUGCUGCCAUCUGGGCUUUUGGCGGAGCAAUGGUCCAGGAUCAGCUCGUGGACUACCGGGCAGAGUUCAGCAGGUGGUGGCUGACGGAGUUCAAGACGGUCAAGUUCCCCUCCCAGGGAACUAUCUUUGACUACUACAUAGACCCAGCGACCAAGAAAUUCGAGCCUUGGUCCAAGCUCAUCCCCCAGUUUGAAUUUGACCCCGAGAUGCCUCUGCAGGCUUGUUUGGUGCACACGAGCGAGACCAUCCGGGUGUGCUACUUCCUGGAGCGGCUCGUGGAGCGGCGGCGGCCGGUCAUGCUGGUGGGGACCACCGGCACAGGCAAGUCGGUGCUGGUGGGGACCACGCUGGCCAACCUGGACGCUGAGGAGUACCUGGUGAAGAACGUGCCGUUCAACUACUACACCACGUCAGCGAUGCUGCAAGCUGUCCUGGAAAAGCCUCUAGAAAAGAAGGCUGGCAGAAAUUAUGGCCCCCCAGGCAACAAGAAGCUUAUCUAUUUCAUCGAUGAUAUGAACAUGCCCGAGGUGGACGCCUACGGGACUGUGCAGCCCCACACCAUCAUCCGGCAGCAUCUGGACUAUGGCCACUGGUAUGAUCAGAGCAAGCUGUCCCUGAAGGAGAUCAAGAAUGUCCAGUAUGUUUCCUGUAUGAACCCCACUGCAGGCAGCUUUACCAUCAACCCACGGCUUCAGCGUCAUUUCAGCGUGUUCGUCGUCUCCUUCCCGGGAGCAGACGCCCUGGCCUCCAUCUACGGCAGCAUCUUGACUCAGCACCUAACGUUCAGACACUUCCCAGUGGCCCUGCAGACAUCCAGCCCCCAGCUCAUUAAUCUGGCCCUGACCUUCCACCAGAAAAUUGCCACCACGUUCCUACCCACAGCGAUCAAAUUCCACUAUGUUUUCAACCUCAGAGACUUUGCCAACAUUUUCCAGGGCAUUCUCUUCUCCUCAGUAGAAUGUGUAAAAUCCACACAGGACCUAGUAAAGCUCUAUCUGCAUGAAUCAAAUCGGGUUUAUCGAGAUAAGAUGGUGGAAGAAAAGGACUUUGAUCUUUUUGAUAAAAUCCAGACAGAAGUGGUCAAGAAAAUUUUUGACGAUAUUGAUGAGACUGUGAAGCAGACCCAAAGCCUGAACAUGUAUUGCCAUUUUGCCAGUGGUAUUGGUGAGCCCAAGUACAUGCCCGUCCAAUCAUGGGAACUUCUGACCCAGACUCUGGUGGAAGCCCUGGAGAACCACAAUGAAGUCAACACAGUGAUGGACCUGGUUCUCUUUGAGGACGCCAUGCGCCAUGUCUGCCACAUCAGCCGCAUCUUGGAGUCCCCCCGGGGAAAUGCGCUGUUGGUCGGCGUGGGUGGGAGCGGCAAGCAGAGUCUGACAAGGCUCGCGGCGUUCAUCAGCUCCAUGGAUGUAUUCCAGAUCACGCUGCGGAAAGGCUACCAGAUCCCAGACUUCAAGCACAGCUCAGCCUCUCCACGACUGGCUGGAUCUAAGGUCAUACACCAGGUCUUCAGUGGUUCCAAAAAAGAGGAAACAAGAGAGAUCCCGGACCUCUACUCUGAUGAUGAAGUUGAAAACAUCAUAAACAAUGUGAGGAACGAAGUCAAGAGCCAAGGUCUUGUUGACAACAGAGAGAACUGUUGGAAGUUUUUUGUAAAUCGGGUCCGACGACAACUGAAGGUGACUCUCUGUUUUUCCCCUGUGGGAGACAAGCUGAGAGUCCGCAGCAGGAAGUUCCCAGCCAUUGUGAACUGCACGGCCAUCGACUGGUUCCACGAGUGGCCUCGGCAGGCAUUGGAGUCCAUCAGCCUCCGCUUCUUACAGAACACAGAAGGCAUUGAGCCCACAGUCAAGCAGUCGAUUAGCAAGUUCAUGGCGUUUGUCCACACAAGUGUCAACCAGAUGUCUCAGUCUUAUCUGAGCAAUGAGCAGCGCUACAACUACACAACUCCCAAAUCAUUCCUGGAGUUCAUCAGACUCUACCAGAGCUUGCUGCGCAGAAAUGGAGAAGAGCUCAAGUCCAAAAUGGAGCGUCUCGAGAAUGGGCUGCUGAAGCUUCACAGCACCUCUGCGCAGGUGGAUGGGCUGAAAGCCAAGCUGGCCGCCCAGGAAGGGGAGCUGAGGCAGAAGAACGACGACGCGGACAAGCUGAUUCAGGUGGUCGGCAUAGAGACGGACAAGGUGAGCAGAGAGAAGGCCGUGGCGGACGAGGAGGAGCGGAGGGUGGCCCUCAUCAUGCUCGAGGUGAAGCAGAAGCAGAAGGACUGUGAGGAGGACCUGGCCAAGGCGGAGCCGGCGCUCAUGGCAGCCCAGGCGGCUCUCAACACCCUCAAUAAGACCAACCUGACCGAGCUGAAGUCGUUUGGGGCCCCGCCUCCAGCUGUCAGCAACGUCAGUGCGGCGGUGAUGACCCUCACGGCCCCCGGGGGCCGGGUGCCCAAGGACCGGAGCUGGAAGGCCGCCAAGAUCACCAUGGCCAAAGUGGACAGUUUCCUGGACUCCCUCAUCAACUUCGACAAGGAGAACAUUCCCGAGAGCUGCCUCAAGGCCAUCAGGCCGUACCUGCAGGAUCCAGAGUUCCGCCCCGAGUUCGUGGCCACCAAGUCGUACGCGGCUGCGGGUCUCUGCUCCUGGGUCAUCAACAUCGUGCGGUUCUACGAGGUCUUCUGCGACGUGGAACCCAAGCGCCAGGCGUUGAGCAGAGCCACUGCAGACCUCACUGCCGCCCAGGAGAAUCUGGCAGCCAUAAAAGCCAAAAUCACCCACCUUAAUGAAAACCUGGCCAAACUCACAGCCAAGUUCGAGAAAGCAACGGCAGAUAAACUCAAAUGUCAGCAAGAAGCUGAAGUGACUGCAGGCACCAUCUCCCUUGCAAAUCGCCUGGUGGGAGGACUUGCCUCUGAGAACGUGAGGUGGGCAGAAGCCGUGCAGAACUUCCGACACCAGGAGAGCAAGUUAUGUGGAGACAUUCUACUCACCACGGCUUUUGUGUCCUACCUCGGCUUCUUUACGAAGAGAUACCGGCAGAGCCUCCUGGACGGGACCUGGAGACCCUACCUGAGCCGGCUGGAAGUCCCCAUCCCCGUCACCCCCACCCUGGAUCCCCUAAGGAUGCUGACGGAUGAUGCCGAUGUGGCCGCCUGGCAGGACCAGGGCCUCCCCGCGGACCGCAUGUCCACGGAGAAUGCCACCAUCCUCCUCAGCUGUGAGCGCUGGCCCCUCAUGGUUGACCCGCAGCUGCAAGGCAUCAAGUGGAUCAAGAACAAAUACGGCGAGAACCUCCAGGUCACCCAGAUCGGCCAGAAGGGCUAUCUCCAAACCCUAGAGCGUGCCCUGGAGGCUGGAGACAUGGUGUUGAUCGAAAACCUAGAAGAGUCCGUUGACCCUGUUCUGGGACCCCUGCUUGGGAGAGAGGUCAUCAAGAAAGGACGAUUCAUUAAAAUUGGAGACAAAGAGUGUGAAUACAAUCCCAGGUUCCGGCUCAUCCUUCACACCAAGCUAGCCAAUCCUCACUACCAGCCCGAACUGCAGGCUCAGGCCACCCUGAUCAACUUCACGGUGACCAGGGACGGCCUGGAGGACCAGCUGCUGGCCGCUGUGGUCAGCAUGGAGAGGCCGGACCUGGAGCAGCUGAAGGUACAUCUCACGAAGCAGCAGAAUGGGUUCAAAAUCACCCUGAAGACGUUAGAAGACAACCUGCUAUCUCGCCUGUCCUCAGCAUCUGGGAACUUCCUGGGGGACACGGCCUUAGUGGAGAACCUGGAGACCACCAAGCAGACAGCCGCCGAAGUUGAGAAGAAGGUCCAAGAGGCCAAGGUGACAGAAGUGAAAAUCAAUGAGGCCCGAGAGCACUACCGGCCAGCAGCUGCCCGAGCCUCUCUGCUCUACUUCAUCAUGAAUGACCUCAGCAAGAUCCACCCGAUGUACCAGUUUUCUCUCAAGGCGUUCAGCAUCGUCUUCCAGAAGGCUGUGGAGAAGGCUGCCCCAGAUGAGAGCCUCAAGGAGCGCGUGACCAAUCUGAUAGACAGCAUCACCUUCUCUGUGUACCAGUACACCACCCGUGGGCUUUUCGAGUGUGAUAAGCUGACUUAUCUUGCUCAGCUUACCUUUCAGAUUCUCCUCAUGAACCGGGAAGUUGAUGCGGCAGAGCUGGAUUUCCUGCUUCGCUCUCCAGGACAGACGGGUGUCACCAGUCCCGUGGGCUUCCUCUCCCAUCAGGCCUGGGGAGGCAUCAAGGCACUUGCAUCAAUGGAAGGAUUUUAUAAUCUGGAUCGGGACAUUGAGGGAUCUGCCAAGAGCUGGAAAAAGUUUGUGGAAUCGGAAUGUCCCGAGAAGGAGAAGUUUCCACAGGAGUGGAAGAACAAGACAGCCCUGCAGCGCCUCUGCAUGAUGAGAGUCAUGCGGCCGGACCGGAUGACCUACGCCAUGCGAGAUUUUGUCGAGGAGAAGUUGGGAAGCCAAUACGUGGCGGGAAGAGCGCCAGACUUUGCGACCUCAUUUGAGGAAUCAGGACCAGCCACACCCAUGUUUUUCAUCCUGUCUCCAGGGGUGGACCCCCUGAAGGACGUGGAGAACCAAGGUAAAAAGCUCGGAUACACCUUCAACAACAGGAACUUCCACAACGUGUCUUUGGGGCAAGGACAGGAAAUAGUGGCUGAGGCGGCGCUGGACCUGGCUGCCAAGAAAGGCCACUGGGUUAUUUUGCAGAACAUCCACCUGGUGGCCAAGUGGCUCGGCACCCUGGAAGAGAAGCUGGCAGAGUAUGGUGAGAAUAGCCACCCGGAGCUGAGGGUCUUCAUCAGUGCGGAGCCUGCACCCUCCCCAGAGGGCCACAUCAUCCCCCAGGGCAUCCUGGAGAACUCCAUCAAGAUCACCAACGAGCCUCCCACAGGCAUGCAUGCCAACCUGCACAAGGCCCUGGACAAUUUCACUCAGGACACGCUGGAGAUGUGUUCCCGGGAGAUGGAGUUUAAGAGCAUCCUCUUUGCUCUUUGUUACUUUCAUGGGGUGGUGGCAGAGAGACGGAAGUUUGGGCCACAGGGAUGGAAUCGUUCAUACCCCUUCAACACCGGGGACCUCACCAUCUCUGUGAACGUGCUCUACAACUUUCUGGAGGCCAACACAAAGGUCCCCUAUGAUGAUCUGCGCUACCUCUUUGGGGAGAUCAUGUAUGGAGGCCAUAUCACAGAUGACUGGGACAGGAGACUCUGCAGGACGUAUCUGGAGGAAUUCAUCCGACCAGAAAUGCUAGAAGGACAGCUGUCUCUGGCACCAGGUUUCCCACUCCCGGGCAACCUAGAUUACAUUGGCUACCAUCAGUACAUCGAUGCCGAGCUGCCUGCAGAGUCGCCCUACCUCUACGGCCUGCACCCCAAUGCCGAGAUCGGCUUCCUGACCCAGACCUCGGAAAAGCUCUUCCGCACGGUGCUGGAGCUGCAGCCCCGGGACAGCCACGCCGGGGACAGAGGAGGGGCCACAAGGGAAGAAAAGGUCAAGGCCCUCCUGGAAGAAAUCCUCGAGCGAGUGACAGACGAGUUUAACAUGCCAGAGCUGCUGGCCAAAGUGGAGGAGCGCACCCCCUACAUCGUCGUCGCCUUCCAGGAGUGUGAGCGGAUGAACGUCCUCACCAGGGAGAUCCGGCGCUCGCUGAGGGAGCUGGACCUCGGCUUAAAGGGGGAGCUGACCAUGACCAGCGACAUGGAGAUGUUACAGAACGCUCUGUACCUGGACACAGUGCCAGAGCCCUGGGCCAGGCGAGCCUACCCUUCCAUGGCAGGCCUGGGAGCCUGGUUUUGGGACCUUCUAAACCGAAUCAAAGAGUUGGAGGCCUGGCUAGGAGACUUGGCAAUGCCCUCCACAGUGUGGCUGACAGGCUUCUUCAACCCCCAGUCCUUCCUGACUGCCAUCAUGCAGUCCACAGCCCGCAAGAAUGAGUGGCCACUGGACCAGAUGGCCCUGCAGUGUGACGUGACAAAGAAGAACAGGGAAGACUUCAGGAGCCCCCCUCGGGAAGGGGCUUACAUCCAUGGCCUCUUCAUGGAAGGCGCUCGCUGGGAUGCACAGGCUGGGAUCAUCACAGAGGCAACGCUGAAGGAUCUGACACCCCCCAUGCCUGUGAUGUUCAUCAGGGCCAUUCCUGCAGAUAAGCAGGACUGCCACAGCAUCUAUCCUUGUCCCGUGUACAGGACUCGUCAGCGGGGACCCACCUACGUGUGGGCUUUCAACCUGAAGACUAAGGAGAAGCCAUCUAAGUGGGUUCUAGCUGGAGUCGCUUUGCUUCUCCAGACUUAGCUGCCUGCACAACCACUAAGAAAACAAGGCGGGGCUGGAGGCUGCCCAGACAAGUGGGUGAGGGGAGACGGAGACGUAGAGAUAAGGAAUCACACGUACUCACAAUUCUGUAGAAUUCUUGUAGGGAACCUGGAGAGAAGGCCGAGCCGGAGGAGUCCAGACCCAGG